UUCCCGUUUCCAUGGAUAACCUAUUAGCUCUAAAAGAAUGGAGAACGAAGGAGGAGGACUGAGCGGAGGGCUAGGGCUGGAGAGCGCGUUGCUGGAUCAGCGGAUGAGGGCUGAGAAACACAAGACCAACUUUGAGGCUCUCAAGGCACAGCACCUCAUACUCCAAGAUGCCCACAGCCAGCAGGGAGAUGAGUUGGCACUAUUGGCUGGGAACUACGAUCGCCUGGUGUCCCGCUCCCAGGAGAUCAUCCAAACACUGCAAUCAGAGAGAGACAGUAAGAUCGUAGAGUGUGAGGAGCAGAGGGCACAGGUACUGACUCCAGUACGGUUGGAGCAGCUCAAGGAUCAGCUAUUGGAGGAGUGCAAUCGGGACAACCAGAAGAUGGUGGAGUCACUAGAAAGUCAGUUGGAGGCUCUGGGCAGGGAGUGCAGUGAACUGAGGUACAACUACUCAUUCCUCAAGGCAGAGCAUGGGAACGUAAUGACAACUCAUCAGACAGUACUGCAAGAGUUGCAGGCCAAGCACCAGACAGAGCUGAAUGCCUACAUUGAGGAGAGGAAGUCGUUUAUAGCUCGUAAUGAGAGGGACAUUCCCACUGACGUACAGCGUAUAAGACAGCUACAGAGGAAGAACAACGAUCUUCAACAAAAGGCCAAAGGUCUCCUGGCCGAGAAUGAAGACUUGAGGGGGGAGAGGGAGGUGAUGGCAGCACUUACUGAGCAGAGUCAGCAAGGAGCGUGUCAGGAGGUGGCUGAGUUGAAGGCAACCGUCAAAACACUACAAUUUGAGUCCUCUGCUCAGAGUGAACAGAUUGUCUGUUUGCAAGGAGAGCUGGGGAAGGCCAGACAAGAACUGGUCUCCCUCAAUGAACAGCUAGCACUGGUACACACGCAACUGGACAACACCAAGAGGAGGCUGAGUGAAGCAGAGCAUGAGCACUCUCUAGAGUUAAGCCAGCUCAAGAUGAAGCACUUGGACGUUGUGAGGGAACUAGAGGAAGGACGAGAAGUGUGUGUGACUGAGUGUAAGGCACUAGAGGCACAACUGGAGGCUCAGGGGAGGAGUAUAGAGGCCAGGGACUCUCUGCUUGCUGAUAAGGAGCGUCAGUGUGAGAGUCGGGUGACAGCUGCCAGAGAGAGAGAGUGGGAGAAACAAGUGCUACUAGACAGAGAGAAAGUUGAACUAGAGGGAGCUGUGGCCAGUCUACAACAAGAGUUGUCCCAAAGCCGAGAAGGUGGUGAUGCAAGAGUGGUGUCACUGGAGGACAAGGUCAGACAACUCUCCACUGCUAAGAGUGGUCUGGAGUCAGAGUUGGAGCUGCUGAGAAGUCAGUUAUCAGACAAGACGAAUGAGCUACAGUCUGUGAUGAUGGAGAUGAAGCAAAUAGCAGGUGUGAGCAGAAAGUAUCAAUCCCUACUAUCUGAGCACAGAAAAUUGGAAAGUUUAGUGACUGAACUUAGAGAGUCUAAACUUUCCACUGAAGAUUCAUUAAGAGAGGUCCAGACACGAGGCAGAGGGCAGGGGGAGACUUUUGAGCGAGUGAGAGACAAAUUAACACAAGAUCUCCACACAGAGAAGACUUUGUGGGAAAGGGAGAGAGAUGGUUUACUGGGCAAGCUGAAAGAUUGUGAGUCCAGCAAACAGUCACUGGAACAACAGUUAACAGCCUCAAAAGCCACCAACAAAAAGUUGCAGAAGCAUUACAAGAAGCAGAUUAUAGAGCUGGAGUCCAGUGCUGAAGUAUUGAGAGCACAACAGGAGAGAGCAACCACUGAGAAACAGGCACUACAGAGUUCACUGAAACUGGAAAAUCAGAGGCUACAAAGAAAGCUGUCUAAUAUACUGCGUUCACAGAAGGAGUUCCAGUUCUUGUUGCACAACCAACCACAGACACAGUACCUCUCUUUCCCUCAACACCUGGAAUCAACUCAAGACACAGACAAUUUAGAUACAUGUAGAGAAUAAA